UGGACAAUCUCCACUUCUUUAUUUCUUGCGAUACUGAUGUGUGCAAUGCCCUAUAUUUCUUAGCGAAAUGAUUUCAUGCGCGUAUUGAUGCUUUGUAAGAUCGAUAAUGCAUGUAUAUAAGAAAUUGAUCAAACCUGCUGAUCCAUUAUGUCAAAAAGGAGAGUUGAACUUUUCACAUCAUAUUGCAAAUAGUCUUAGAGAUGUAUACUUCUGUAGUAUUUCUAUUCGUAUUUCUUAUUGGAUGUUCCGAAUCUUCGUCAUCCUCAAAUCCCGGAAUCUUCAAUGAAGACUAUAUGGAUCCAAAGACUGUGGAUCAUAAAACGCUAUCUGGACGGUGGUAUGAACAUUUGGACACAGUGAAUAACACCAUCAGGGACAAUUCUUUUGGAGACGUGGUGGUUUUAUGUGAUGAAACAAUAAGUCUAGUGGAGGUCAUCCACCGUUGGAUUCCGUCUCUGGAAGAAUGUCGAACCACAGCGGUAAGAUUUCACCCCGAUACGGCCCAUUCACCUGAAGCAGCAGUCAUCCGGAUGUCCACAAAUGAGACCUUGAGGAGGUUUGAAGUUCGGUACUAUGAUCCUCACCCAACUGAGGGAUUCCUGCUUGUACAUAAGCAAACACACCUUACUGAUGGCCACCAUAUCAUUACUCGCCAGAAGGAUCCACGUAACUUAAACGAUGUUAUUGAAAAAGUUCUAUCGGCUCUCAAUAUGAAUAUUCGGGACUUUUAUGUGAAAUCAAAGGACUUCGGAUGCGAACGUAAAGAAGAGAAAGGAAUCAAACUGUAAAUUACGAAAUAUACUUAGCAUGAGUCUACGUUGCAAAAUGUUAAUUCUUCUUCUUUUACAUCGUGGUAUUGUGUACAUAUAACAGAUUUUAUUUCGCAGUUAUACGUCCUACUGUUUCGGCAGUGCUAUAAUUUAUACAAAAUUUGCCAAUAAACACUCGCUCCAGAGUUACUGCUUGCACCUUUAAAAUUGCUUCAUAUUUGAGGUGAAGUCCCUAAGGUAAUACUUGUACGGUACCAAUUUUGAUUCACUAGAUGCCCAAACUGAAAUAUUGGAAAUCCGAAGUGACAAGAAACUGGUAAGAACUAGAAAGAAAAAAACAGAGUGCCAAAGACUGGAGUCAAAGUCUAAGGAUCAGAGCUAUGCAUGAGGGAGAUAAUCCUUAAUUUUGAAAUGAAUUUCUAAAUUUUAUCACAGCAAUUAAAUAUACAUCCUUAUUUUCAAGCUAGUAACGAAGUACUUAGCUACUGGGCUGGAGAUACCCUCGGAGACUGACAGUCCACCAGCAGAGACCUCGACCCAGGGGUUGUAAUGUAAAACUUCUAUAGUACCAAUUUUGAUGCACCAGAUUCGCAUUUCGACAAAUAAUGUAUUUUCAGUGACACUCAUGCUGAAAUAAUGGAAAUCCGAAAUAAUGAUAAACUUGUAAGAACUAAAUAAACAGAGUGCCAAAG